AUGGGUGACGAGAAAAAGCGGCAGCAUUUCGUGCUGAUACAUGGUGCAUGCCACGGCGCCUGGUGCUGGUACAAGGUUAAGCCGCUUCUUGAGGCCGCCGGCCACCGCGUAACGGCCUUAGACCUAGCAGCUUCGGGUAUAGACACAACGAGGUCUAUCACUGAGAUCUCGACAUGUGAACAAUACUCUGAGCCAUUGAUGCAACUAAUCGCCUCUUUACCGCGUGAUGAGAAAGUUGUGCUCGUUGGUCAUAGCUUUGGAGGGUUGAGCUUAGCCAUGGCCAUGGAUAAGUUUCCAGACAAAAUCUCCGUCUCAGUCUUCGUGACUGCUUUCAUGCCCGAUACCAAACACUCACCAUCGUUCGUCGUGGAUAAGUUUAAAGGGGAGACGCCACCAGAAGCAUGGUUGGGCUCGGAGUUAAAAUCGUACGGCUCAGACAAUUCCGGUGUGUCAAUGUCUUUUAGCACUGAGUUCAUGAAGCACGCUCUCUAUCAACUUUCUCCUAUUGAGGAUAUUGAGCUUGGAUUGCUUUUAAAGAGGCCCGGAUCAUUGUUCAUAAACGAUUUACCCAAGGUGGAGAAACUUUCUGACAAAGGGUAUGGAUCUGUUCCUCGAGCUUACAUUGUGUGCAAAGAGGACAAAACACUUACAAAAGAACUUCAGUGGUGGAUGAUUGAUAAUUAUCCGGCAAAUAUAGUAAAGGAGAUGGAAGAGACAGAUCAUAUGCCAAUGUUCUGUAAGCCUAAGCUACUAAGUGACUAUCUCUUGGAAAUCGCGGAAAGAAAUGCUUAA